AUGCGAUUUGCUCAGCUCGUCUCUGCUCUCGGCUUCAUCGCCACGCUCAUCACGGCAUCGCCUGUAUCCGAAGCUGCAUCACCAAACACUCUCGAGAAACGCGAUGCUGACAGUCACCUCGUCGCUCGUUACGAGGCAGACUGGGCUCUGACCUUCUCGAGUCCCGGUAAUGCCGUGUAUACGAUCUAUUUCAGCCUUGCCUACGACCCAGUCGAGAAGAGCUACCACAAACUAAACUACUUCCUGCCUGAUCAUGGCGGUGUGGCUCGCUAUGGAACCUCGAGUCCGGGCCAGAGCACAUGGACUUUCGAGAAUGGCAGACUGUACGGAGUCACCAUCGCUCUGCACUACCUCGGCGACGGCUCCCUGCAGACCUACUCAGUCAUCUCGGGUGGCUACAACGGCAAAGCCUUUGAUCACGUCGAUCUCUCGCUUGACGGCGUAUCCAUCCGUCGCGUAUAA